AUGAUGUCUCCGAUGUUCCCGAUCCUUCUAAUCUCGAUUCUUCUCAUUUCCAUCUCCGCCACUGAAGUUGAAGUCGGAGAAGAUCAAUCAAGACUAAUCGUCUCAUCGCUACUCUACGCCAACGGUUUGAACCGCGAUGAUCUUGGCGCGCUUUCCAUGAUCUACACGGAUCCUUUCUGGCUUCACACUUGCGAUGGUAAACAUCAGGAGUUGAAGCUUGAAAAAUACAGGGAGAUGAUGACUGCGGCUCGGAAGAAUACUGUCAAGCAUAGCGUUGCAGAACUGGAAGAUCAGAGAAAUCGACUCGACGCCGGUUUCGAAGUUCGGAGAAAAAUUGCGAAUGGCGAGGCGGUUGACAUUCCGGAAGAUGUGCGGAAAGCGUUGCGGAAUAGUAUUCCGCGCACGUCGAUUGGCGGAAAUCGAAUUGGUGUCAUCACACAGUUUCCCAAAUAUAAACUGGAGUUGGAGAUUGUGCUGACACGUGGCAGUUUUUAUAUUGAGACCAAGAAGUUUGUUUGUGAAAAAUAG